AGUCAAGAGACAUCCUCAAUCUUAGAGAUGUGUCUUACAAAGCUUAAAGAGGCAGCAGAUCUCACACCAAGGUGUGUUAUGGUUGACCGGGAUCAGAAAGAAAUCAAGGCAAUCAAGACUGUCUUUCCACAUGCAUCUGUGUUGCUUUGCUGGUUUCAUGUACUUCAGGCAAUCCACCGUUGGGUUGUUAAACAAGAUGGAGGCCAUGUCCAAGAUCCAGCUGUGAGAAACAUCAUCGUUCAAGGAAUAUUUUCUCUCAAGCAAUGUCGCACAGAGAGAGUAUUCCAUGAAACUGCUAAGAGAGUCCUUGAACAAAUCAAGACAGCAACAGGGGCGACCAGAGUGUCAAAAUACCUCAGAGAGACCUGGCUGCAGUGUGGGGCUAUGUGGGCCAACUUUGGCCGAAUGUUUUUCCACCACCAAAGUGAGACCAACAAUGUUGUGGAGAGGUUUUUCAACGGAUUGAAAUACAAUUUCCUUGGAGGAUAUUGCAACAAAAGAUUGGAUGACCUACUACUAAUCCUCCAUAACCAUGUGGUGAAGUACUACAGCCAACUUGAUGAGCUCGUUAAUGCUGGUCGAGCCCCCACAAAAGGAUCCCAAGAAAGUGUCAUAUCAGCUGAAAGGAUGCGGUCUCAUGGGCUCGACCAAAACAUCCAGUAUUUGUCUGAGGCCCGCUUCAGUGUACCCUCAGAAAGCAAGCCUGAUGUGUUUUAUGAAGUUGACUUACUGUACAGUGUUUGCCAGUGUCCAGUCAAUGGACAAGGUCAGAAAUGUAAACACAUAGUGUUAGCUCAGAUGGUGUCUGAUGGUCUGAUUGACACAGCUGCACUCAGAGAAGACACAGCAAAUAUGCUAUGUGCAACCAACAGUUUUGUGAGUGAUGAGACAACAGUGAUGGUGCAAAAUGGAGAAAAUGUGGGUAUUGUGAAUCUUGCAAAACAGCAGUGUUCUUGCUUGGCAAGCAGUUAUGGGGAAGUAUGUGUGUGUCUGUUGGUGGCCAACAAAAUUAGUGAAUCAACACUGUCAACCACUGCCUCACAGCCAACCACAACUGUGGAUCAGGAAAAUAUAGAAACAGAGAGUGAGCCACCAGUUCACCAGGCAAAAUACUGCAUAAAGGACAUGAUUUAUGAUUUGAGGAAUUGGUGUGAGUCAGAGGAGUAUUAG